AUGGAGCCUUCUCGGAAUCAUCGCACACCCUUUAGCUUGGCCGACGAUGUACUCCUAGCGGCCUGGGUCGCCAAGAAAGAAAAUUCUGGUGGUAACAAGAUUUACCAGCAGUUAGAAGUUGGUUAUCCUCAUCACUCAUGGCAGUCAUGGCGUGACAGAUGGAUGAAGAAGCUGCGCCUUCUUCCGCCUGAAACGCUGGAACGCAUGGCUGCCGACGCCCCUCAAUAUCUCGACGGUUUAGUGACGUCCACCCCGGAGGCGUCCCACCCACAACAAGCCGCAUCGGAAUCUGUUUCGGGGCCCACGCCAGGACCGACUGGCCCGGCGUCGUCCCAGGGACCCUCCCCAAGACAGUCGACACAAACGGCUCGCCCUCAAGCGGUAGCCCCCUAA